AUGCAUCAGUGCUCCAAUGAUGCAGAUGAGAGGCUGGACACGCUCCGGCGGCAUUUCAACGAGCGCCUGCGUGAGAUGGAGAGGCGUUACAACGACAAGGAGCGUGCUUGGCGCGAAACCUUCAGUAGACUGAGAGCUCACCUGGGUGUUGGUGCUGUGGCUGAGCCAGCUCAUGAGGAGGAUGAUGCUCCGGGGCUUGCCACACUCGAGGAGGAGGUACAGAGCCCUGAGCCCAUCGCGCCCGUUGCCGGGGAAGCCGCUGGGGGUUCCGGUGCUGCUGCCGUCACAGCUGCGGGCAGCGGUUUGCGCCUCGCCCCUCCGGAGAGCGCCGCACCCUCCGAGACAGGACCGCCAGCCCAGGCAGCAGGCGCAGGUGCCACUCUGGGGGGCCGCAGUCGAACCUCCGGUUUGGGCGCCCUCUUCACUGGGGGGCCAACUGUGCCGUGA